CUUCAGUGAAGGGUCAAAAUGACGAACACCAGGGGCAAGAGGAGGGGCACUCGCUAUAUGUUUGCAAGGCCUUUCCGAAAACAUGGGCCUGUUCCCCUCUCUACUUACUUCCGUAUCUACAGGAAAGGUGAUAUUGUUGACAUUAAGGGCACAGGCACUGUACAAAAGGGUAUGCCCCACAAAUGUUACCAUGGCAAGACUGGAAGAAUUUAUAAUGUUACACAGCAUGCUGUAGGCAUUAUUGUCAACAAACAAGUCAAGUGAGUAUGAACAGUUUAAACUUU